CAAUAUAAAAGGGGGCACAGUAGGUGAAGGUCAACACAACAGGGGCUUGCUCUUGCAACACCAAACCACAGGUCCGACUCAACGAAGAAAACAGAGCUCCGCCAUGCCCAGCAGCUCAGCCCUGCUUUGUUGCCUGGUCUUCCUGGCUGGGGUGGCAGCCAGCCGAGAUGCGAGCGCCCUAUCUGACGGCAGCUGUACCCACUUCCCAACCAGCCUGCCCAACAUGCUGCGGGAGCUCCGAGCUGCCUUCGGCAGGGUGAAGACUUUCUUUCAAAUGAAGGACCAACUGGACAGCUUGCUGUUGACCCAGUCUCUGCUGGAUGACUUUAAGGGUUACCUGGGUUGCCAAGCCUUGUCGGAAAUGAUCCAGUUUUACCUGGAGGAGGUGAUGCCACAGGCUGAGAACCAUGGGCCUGAGAUCAAGGAGCACGUGAACUCGCUGGGGGAGAAGCUGAAGACCCUCCGGCUGCGGCUGAGGCGCUGUCAUCGCUUUCUGCCCUGCGAAAACAAGAGCAAGGCGGUGGAGCGGGUGAAGAGCGUCUUCAGUAAGCUCCAAGAGAGGGGUGUCUAUAAAGCCAUGAGUGAGUUUGACAUCUUCAUCAACUACAUAGAAACCUACAUGACAAUGAAGAUGGAAAACUGAAGCAUUCUAGGGAAGAUCUCCAGGAUGGUGACUUGACAGACUCUAUGACAUAAAUGGAAGAUCUCUGAAGUCCGAUCCAGGGCUCUGGAAGAGCAGAACCAGCUCCCUGGAGACCUCUACUGUACCUCUCUCCUAGAAUAUUUAUUACCUCUAAUACCUCAGCUCCUACAUCUAUUUAUUUACUGAGCUUCUCUGUGAACUAUUUAGGAAGAAGCCGAAUAUUAUACUUUUUUUCAAUAUUUAUUCAUUUCACCUGUGUUUAAGCUGUUUCCAUAGGGUGAAAUACCCUAUGGUAUUUUAGUGUUUAAAGAUAAAUUGUAAGUUAUAUAAAGAAAUGUUCCUUGUGGAGCCAACUGUAGUUUCCAUUCCAAGCCUAACCAUGCUCGCCAGCUGUUGGGCUGUUUUCCCUGACCGCCCUCUAGUUUCUCUUGUCCCUGGACCCACCCGGGUCCCUGGGCUCCCCGAGUGUUAUCGAGACUCUUAUGCUCCUAGAAAGAGAAGCUAGGGAGCCCCUUUGACUAUUAAUAUUCCAGUGGCUCUGAGGGAUUCCCCUGACCUCUUUCCCCAACCACUUCAUUCUUGAAAGCUGUGGUCAGCUUGUUAUUUAUAACAACCUAAAAUUGGUUCUAAUAGAACUCAGUUUGAACUAGAAGCAACUCAAUUCCUCUGGGAAUGUUACAUUGUUUGUCUGUCUUCAUAGCAGAUUUUAUUUUGGAUAAAUAAAUGAGUCAUUAAAACCA